AUGGGUCUCCUGGCGCUCGGAACUCCCCUGGAUUGGCCAGAGACAAAACUGCUCGCGGAACAUAUCCGGACGCAUGGGAUCACGCAGUUCUUGCAUACUUGGAACAGAUGGAAGGAUAGUCCCGGGAAAGGGCUGCUAUGGGGUGAUGAGAUCGAGUACAUGGUCGUCUCAUUCGACGACGAGAAGAAGAAGGCGCUGCUCAGUCUGCGACAGACCGAGAUCUUGACCAAGCUGCAAAGUGUCACCCUUGAUCCGGCGCUGGAGAAGCACAAGCCCGCGUCCUGCGCAACGAUCCCCACCUUCCACCCUGAAUACGGCCGGUACAUGCUAGAAUCCACGCCCGGGUGUCCCUUCACCGGCAACCCGCGGGACCUCGUCACGGUCGAAGCGGACAUGCGAUUCCGACGACAGAUCAUCCGGUCAUACCUCAAGCCACACGAGCUUCCCGUCACCGUCACCAGCUGGCCGCGCCUCGGAGCGGACGAGGGGGGGUUUACCGAGCCGCCGACGUUCCCGAGCGAGAAGAGCAGCUCGAAGAGCCAGUAUGUGGGAGAUGAGAUUACGAACCCGCAUGCCCGGUUCCCGACACUCACAGCCAACAUCCGGCAGAGAAGGGGCAGUCUGGUGGAUAUCCGAUUACCGCUGUUUAUCGAUGUGAACACGGAAGUGCCGGAGGGGAUGAAGAAGGAAUUGUCGGGUGGUGUGCCUCCUCCGGCCAAACCACCAGCUGGGAUGCCUUACAUCCACAUGGACGCUAUGGCGUUCGGCAUGGGCUGCUCUUGUCUCCAGAUCACGUUCCAGGCGUGGAAUGUGGAGGAGGCGAGUAGGGUGUAUGACGCGCUGGUUCCAAUCGCGCCUAUCAUGCUCGCCCUGACAGCUGCGAGUCCGGCGUACAGGGGAUACUUGGCGGAUGUGGACGCGAGGUGGAAUGUGAUUGCUGCGAGUGUGGACGAUCGGACCGAGGAGGAACGAGGUUUGAAGCCCUUGAAAAACGACCGAUACCUCAUCCCCAAAUCCCGAUACGACUCUGUCAGUCUGUACAUCUCGAACGAUCCCCGAAACCUGCCGGAAUACCAGGACACCCACGUCCCGAUCGACCAAGGCGUCAAGGAGCGACUGAUGGAGAAUGGCCUGGAGGAACCCCUCGCAACGCACAUUGCCCACCUCUACAUCCGUGACCCUCUCGUCCAGUUCUCGGAGACCAUCGAUCAGUACGACGAGCAAAGCAUGGACCAUUUCGAAAACAUCCAAUCUACAAACUGGCAGACAAUCCGCUUCAAGCCACCACCCGUCAACAGCCCUAUUGGCUGGCGAGUCGAGUUUAGGUCGAUGGAGGUGCAGAUGACGGACUUUGAGAAUGCCGCAUUCAGCAUCUUUAUCGUCUUGUUAUCGAGGGCCAUCAUCAGCUUUGAUCUUGGCUUUUACAUGCCGAUCUCACAGGUCGAUGAAAACAUGCAAAAGGCGCAACAGCGAGACGGUGCCAGAGUCAACAAGUACGCAUUCCGCCGUGCCGUUUUCCCCGCCAACACUCCCCGUACACCCGCAUACGACAUGUCGUCCCGUCCCGUCUCUCCCCCUCGCUCCGCCUCCACACCCAACGGCCGGUCUUCCUCGGUCGCUUCGGCACAGCACUCGCGCCAGACCUCCGCGGCUGGCCCAUCCUCGCCCCGUCCGACCCGGUUCAACAAUGGCUUCUCGCGCGACCCGCACGCUCGGGACUCGUCCCGCGCCUCGACGUGCCCGUCGCCUACGGACGAAGAGGAGGAAGAGGAGAUCGUCGAAAUGACAAUCGAUGAGGUCAUCAAUGGUCGCGGGGACUAUCCCGGUCUCAUGGGGUUGGUGAAUGCCUAUCUGAACAGCGUCAAUGUCGACCUGGCGACCAAGUGCGAGUUGAGGCGGUACCUCGAUCUCAUCAAGUACAGGGCGAAGGGCGAACUGAUCACCCCCGCGAGCUGGAUUCGGAACUUUAUCGUUACGCACCCGAAAUACAACAAGGACUCCAAGGUGACGGACGAGAUCAACUAUGAUCUUGCCAAGGCUAUCGACGAGAUUGAGAGGGGUGUACGCCUUGCGCCGGAGCUGUUGGGUCGGAAUUAUGUCGGGAGUGGUGAGACUGGGUGCUUAUAA